ACUCUACGCGAUGACGUAGCGCAGGUUUGCGGACGUGGCGGCGGCUGUCGGUCCGGAAGACGGGGACGGCGGCCGCGGCGCACCCGGGACAGCCGAGAGAGAACCUGGAGCCGGUCAUGAGCUUCCCGGGGCCGCGGCUGUGGUGGCGGACGUGACCGUGUCGCCGCGCCCCUGCUAGAGGACAGAUCAUAGCAUCAUGGCAGGGAGGAAUCAGAAUCGAACUGUUUCCCUCCCAGGAAUUCAGGCCAGUGGCCAGGUACAUACUUUUGGAAAUUGUACAGACAAUGAUGUGUUGGAAGAAGAAACUGAAGUGUAUGAACUUCGGUCCAGGGGAAAGGAAAAGGUUCGAAGAAGCACAUCAAGAGACAGGCUUGAUGACAUCAUUAUAUUAACAAAAGAUAUACAGGAAGGGGACACUCUAAAUGCAGUAGCCCUUCAGUACUGUUGUACGGUAGCAGAUAUCAAAAGAGUUAACAAUCUCAUCAGUGAUCAAGACUUUUUUGCCCUUAGGUCUAUCAAAAUUCCAGUUAAAAAGUUUAGUUCUUUGACCGAAACUCUUCAUCCUCUGAAAGGAAGACAAGGUUUUCAUCCUCCACUGGUUCCAUGUGCUCAAGAGCAGGAAAUGGUGGCUGCUGAGGACUCUGUUUGUCCCAGUGAGUCAGCUGGCAGCUUCCUGAAAGAAGUGGAUCGGGACAUAGAACACAUCGUAAAGUGCACCGACACCAAGAAGGAGAACCUGAACGAGGUGGUGUCUGCCCUAGCGGCACAGCAGGUCCGCUGUGAGCCGGACAGCAGAAGCGCUCCCAGAAAGGAUCCCUACUACGGAGCAGACUGGGGAAUUGGUUGGUGGACAGCUGUAGUGAUAAUGUUGAUAGUGGGUAUAAUAACGCCGGUAUUUUAUUUGCUGUAUUAUGAAAUUUUAGCUAAAGUAGAUGUUAGUCACCAUUCAACAGCGGGCUCUUCACAUUUGCAUCCAGGACUCACACCUCCCUCACAGCACAGAGAAACAGAAAAUGGACUCGGUCCAACAAAAGCAAUACAUGCUGGUCAACAAGAUGACCACAGACUGUAUAGGCAAGAUUCUCAGCCUCCUGCUGCUCAACGCAGAGUGUAGCCGUGAGCCCUGAUCAGGGUUGAUGAUCAUGUGUGCAUAUGGGAUAUGGUGGCUCAGAGACCUCCCAAAGCUGCUUCAGAGUCCAUCUGGGAACGUCGAGGAUGCUUUGUUUUUACCUUCCUAGGAAUCCCUGAGCCUUUGACAAAUGGAUUGUCUAAAACACACACAUUUGCUUUUUAUAUUGAAACUGGUCAGAAUUCAUCUGCUCUAUCAGUUCUUAAAGCAGAAACUAAUUUAAAUGUAUGUCUAGGAAUUCUAACUUAGAAAAUGCUCUCAUUUUUCUUAUUCAAGACUAGUUACCUUUAAAUUUAUUUUUUAAAAGAUUAUUUUUUUAAUUCAAGGUUAUUCAUGUCAAGUGUUUAAAAUGCUUACAACUGAAGAAAAUUCAGUACCAUACCACCAGAACAUUGUUGUAAAAGUUUUGACUCUAAAAUUAUUUAUGAUACCAAGUACUUAACACUCAAUUUUGAGUUAACUGAGUUUUAACACAUGCUAUGAAAACAAAUGUAGAAACAGAUAUGGAAAUGUAUUUAUAAUUUCUAUAAUAGCGGCUAACAAAUUGAUUAAGUAUUUUGAGACCCCAGAAUAAUGUCUUAGUGUUGGAAACUUGCCAUUUGGCCACAAGGACACUGAACUAGGUCAAGACCUAGUCCACGAAGGAGGGUACUUUAGGACCGCCCUCCAGCCUCACUCCCACUUAUCCUUAAAAAGAAAAAUACUUGUAUCUGAUAUCUGGAAGCAUGUUGUAGUUCUUUGAUGAAGUGUUAUACAGAAAAGCAUAUUCAGCAAACUUCUCUUUAUAUACUGUGACUAAUCAUUGCUAUUACAAAUAGUAACAUGCCUUAAUUACACUUAAUGCCUUACAGUGUCACUUUACUUAAGUUCAUACACACCUUACAAUUAAAGUGGAAAAGCUGUCAGAUUUCCUGCCGUAGAAUAUCAUUCCAUAGGCUAUGUGAAUUUGUGUAUCUUCACUUUUAAGCAUAUGUUAGUGGAAUAAACCAAUUUGUACUAUCUGCCUCUGAGGUCUUGAGAAAAAUAAGGAUUGAUUAAGCAAAGAUGAGUAAACAACUUUUAUAUUAUCAGCAGGGAGAUUGCUUUAUUUCAAAAAGAGAAUGUCCAAUUCAGAUUGCCCCCACCUAAUAUGCACCGUCACAUUGAGAAGCACAGACCACACUUGUGUGGAUCAGUCAAAAGGGCUUAUGGUGGCAUUCUCUAAGUCCACUGUAAGACAACAAAUUUGGCUAAAAAGCUUUUGUAUGCUGAUUUCAGUGUUUAAUUUUAAAUAUGUAUUUUUAAAAUAUAAGUGCAGGUGGUCAAAUCUGGACCACAUGUUUUCUGUGUGAUAAACUGCAUACCUUAAAAUAUGUUAUAUCACCUCAUUUUCUGGACAUUAUUUCUUAAAACAAUGUUUCAGCUUUUUAAACAUUUUUUGUAUAUCAAAUUCCAAUCCUGAUACAAGGAAUUAUUAAUACAUAUUUAUUAUAUUUGGGGUUUUAUAUACUUUGAGAAGAAAAAGCACCUACAAAAAGACACAGAAGUCAGUCAUUGUAAAGCCCCUACAUCUAUCAGAGGGGUUUAGAAAAUUACCUUUAAAGUAUUUUUAUAAUAGGAAAGUUGUAGUAAACUGAUCCCCUUAGUAUAUCUUAGUUAAAAUAAUUUUUAAUUGUGUUAGCAUGCCACACGCAAUUUGAAAUGAGUGUGAUCUUUAAUUAUGUUCAGUGUUAACACAGCUACUUUGCAUAAUAUUUAUUAAGCCUGCUGAAAAAUCAAAUUUUAGGGUAGAAAAUGAAAGACAACAACACAGGCUACAUAACCUUCGAAAAACUUUGUUUACAUCAAACAUAAAAUUAUAAAGUUGGUGAUUCCUUUUUUGCUGGUUUUACUUUGGAAUUGUAAUGAGGGCGUGAUAACUUAUGUUUAAAGAUGAGGUGUACUUGCUGGUUAAAUCAUUUGUCUCGAGCACCUUUUUGAAGGAAAUACAACACAUCCUUAGGAAACAACCAAACAAUUAUUUUUCCUACAUAUUUUAGAGUUACUACUUGAAUAUAAUCCUAUAUGUAGAAUUAUGCUUUCAUCUUUAAAAGAAAAAAUUUAAGCAUUUAACAGAAUUUUGAAAAAUAUAUUAAUAUGCAUUUGCAAAUGUAUGCAAAUUUUUGGCAACUGCAAACUUCAUUAUAUUCUAGACAUCAUAAGUACAAUUGUCAUGGUUUGAUACUAUGGAUCAUGUUCAAGCCCUUACUUGAAUUUGCUUUGAGGCUUUAAUUUUUGUGUGUGUGCAGUUAUAAAUAUAAGAGCACUGAGUCAUAGUCAUUGAUACUAGUUCACUUAAAAAUUUGGAAUUGCAAGUAAAGAAAAACCCGAUAUUGUUAGGACAAAUUCUUGGCUUGUUAAAGACGAGUUAGAUGUGGUUGAGUUUGUUUUGAACCAAUGGAUAGCUGUUUAAAUAUCUUCACUGUCCUCUCAGCAAAACAAAGUCAUGGUCCACUGGCUGUGCUAUGAUUUUGGAAGGAAUGUGAAUCUCAGAUUCUCUUUUCCAGUGGAGUUUGAUUGUUAAAAGCUUUUUGUUGGCGUGGAAAGUUCAUUAAAUCAACCGCUCUUUAGUCA